AUGUACCUUCCUCUGGCAUCUGCCCCUGUUCCCCCCAUCCUAUCCCUUGUGACCCCUUAUCCCCUGCCCUGUUUCCCCCAUCCUAUCCCUUGUGACCCCUUAUCCCCUGCCCUGUUUCCCCCAUCCUCUGACCUGCUUCUCCACACCCUCUACCUGUUUCCCCCAAUCCCCUUCCCUGCUUCCCCCCAUCCCCUUCCCUGCUUCCCCCCAUCCCCUUCCCUGCUUCCCCCCAUCCCCUUUCCUGCUUCCCCCCAUCCCCUUCCCUGCUUCCCCCCAUCCCCUUCCCUGCUUCCCCCCAUCCCCUUCCCUGCUUCCCCCCAUCCCCCACCCAGAAUCCCCCCAUCCCCUUCCCUGCUUUCCCCCCUCCGCUUCCCUGCUUCCCCUCAUCCCCUUCCCUGCUUCCUCCCAUCCCCUUCCCUGCUUCCCCCCCCAUCCCCUUCCCUGCUUCCCCCCCCAUCCCCUUCCCUGCUUCCCCCCCUCCCCUUCCCUGCUUCCCCUCAUCCCCUUCCCUGCUUCCCCCCAUCCCCUUCCCUGCUUCCCCCCAUCCCCUUCCCUGCUUCCCCCCCUCCGCUUCCCUGCUUCCCCCCAUCCCCUUCCCUGCUUCCCCCCAUCCCCUUCCCUGCUUCCCCCAUCCCCUUCCCUGCUUCCCCCCAUCCCCUUCCCUGCUUCCCCCCAUCCCCUUCCCUGCUUUCCCCCAUCCCCUUCCCUGCUUCCCCCCAUCCCCUUCCCUGCUUCCCCCCAUCCCCCACCCAGAAUCCCCCCAUCCCCUUUCCCUGCUUCCCCCCCUCCGCUUCCCUGCUUCCCCUCAUCCCCUUCCCUGCUUCCCCCCAUCCCCUUCCCUGCUUCCCCCCAUCCCCUUCCCUGCUUCCCCCCCUCCGCUUCCCUGCUUCCCCCCAUCCCCUUCCCUGCUUCCCCCCAUCCCCUUCCCUGCUUCCCCCCAUCCCCUUCCCUGCUUCCCCCCAUCCCCCACCCAGAAUCCCCCCAUCCCCUUUCCCUGCUUCCCCCCCUCCGCUUCCCUGCUUCCUCCCAUCCCCUUCCCUGCUUCCCCCCCCAUCCCCUUCCCUGCUUCCCCCCCCAUCCCCUUCCCUGCUUCCCCCCCUCCCCUUCCCUGCUUCCCCUCAUCCCCUUCCCUGCUUCCCCCCAUCCCCUUCCCUGCUUCCCCCCAUCCCCUUCCCUGCUUCCCCCCAUCCCCUUCCCUGCUUCCCCCCCUCCGCUUCCCUGCUUCCCCCCAUCCCCUUCCCUGCUUCCCCCCAUCCCCUUCCCUGCUUCCCCCCAUCCCUUCCCUGCUUCCCCCCAUCCCUUUCCCUGCUUCCCCCGAUCCCCUUCCCUGCUUCCCCCCAUCCCCUUCCCUGCUUCCCCCCAUCCCCUUCCCUGCUUCCCCCCAUCCCCUUCCCUGCUUCCCUCAUCCCCUUCCCUGCUUCCCCCCAUCCCCCUCCCUGCUUCCCCCCAUCCCCUUCCCUGCUUCCCCCCAUCCCCUUCCCUGCUUUCCCCGAUCCCCUUCCCUGCUUCCCCCCAUCCCCUUCCCUGCUUCCCCCCAUCCCCUUCCCUGCUUCCCCCCAUCCCCUUUCCUGCUUCCCCCCAUCCCCUUCCCUGCUUCCCCCCAUCCCCUUCCCUGCUUCCCCCCAUCCCCUUCCCUGCUUCCCCCCAUCCCCCACCCAGAAUCCCCCCAUCCCCUUCCCUGCUUUCCCCCCUCCGCUUCCCUGCUUCCCCUCAUCCCCUUCCCUGCUUCCCCCCAUCCCCUUCCCUGCUUCCCCCCAUCCCCUUCCCUGCUUCCCCCCAUCCCCCACCCAGAAUCCCCCCAUCCCCUUCCCUGCUUCCCCCCAUCCUCCUCCCUGCUUCCCCCCAUCCCCUUCCCUGCUUCUCCCCAUCCCCUUCCCUGCUUCCCCCCAUCCCCUUCCCUGCUUCCCCCCAUCCCCCUCCCUGCUUCCCCCCAUCCCCUCCCUGCUUCCCCCCCAUCCCCCUCCCUGCUUUCCCUCUCCCUCCUCCCUGCUUUCCCUCUCCCUCCUCCCUGCUUCCCCCCUCCAUCCCCAAUGCUUCCCCCAUGCCCCUCCUCUCCCUCGAUCUUGCCAUCUUUCCUGUCCCUCCCCAUGUGCCUCUCCAAUCCCUCCCCUUGUACCUAUCCUCUCCCUCCCCAUAUACAAUCGCAAAGAGGAGGGGGGACGCACGCGCAACAGGGGGGCAGCGCAGCAGACUUCAGGUGCUGGAGAGCGGCGCCCAGGUGCUGAGCGACCGGGGAAUCUGCUGCAUUGA